UAAACAAACAGUUACUCCGUCUCACUUCAAAAUUAUGAGUUACGUUGCAAAAUGUGGCUUGUGUAAUAGAACAUUACCAUACAGAAAAUCAGAUCCAUCCAUCCUUGUGCGACACAUGAUAAAAUAUCACCCGAAAUUCACAGUUCGGGAGUCGACAAAACGACCAUUCCAUUCACAAAGUUCGUCAGUGCAGAGUUCGAUUGAAGAUUACGAAUGCAGUCGCCCAACGACAACAACUAGGACAAGUUUCCGGCAGCGUAAAAUAUUCAGAGAUCAUGACUUACGGAGCGCAUUCGGGGAAAAAGCAGACGAAAAUCUUCCUGAUCGACGAGAUUUUAUCGUUAGACGUCCAGCUAGAUACAAGAAAAUGUAUUACAAAACCACUGUGGCUUCUUGGAAACCAGCACGAGCACGUACCACUUGCUCGAACUGCGGCGAAACUCGUAUUCCCACUAUUCGAUCUACCGCGAACAGAUACUCCCGAUCCGUGCUGGGGGCAGCUACAAUAAUGUCCUGCUGGCCGUUCUGUUUUCUGCCGUGCCUUUUCACUGCUCCUACCAAGCAUCACCUGCACUGUUCCCAUUGUGGUGCAUAUCUGGGACCGUAUGACGAGAACCGCGAGGUGUUGGUAGUUAGCGAAAAAGCGUCCGUCUAUCAUCGUAAACCAUCCGCCCAAGGGGGUGGAAUUUCCCGCCAAAAAACUUGCAGGGUUUAGCUUGUUCGUUAUGAAAACAGAUUGUGUGGUAUGUUUAGAGCAAGAGGUGUAUAGCGAGUGACAUCUGCCGAGUGAUAGUCGCAACGGAAUUUCGGUUGGAAG